AUGGAACAGAUUCGUGAUACAUAUGAAAGUGCUAAUCCUUUUUCUGAUACACUUACUAAAGAAGAAAUAAUAAGAGAGAUCGCAAAAGCUUAUGGACCAUCUCCUAAACUGCAAAAGUCAGAAAAGUUGCAAUCAUCUAAAAUUGAUAGAUUAGAAUCAAAGAUAGAUGAAAUUGCAAUUGUAGACAGGAAGGUCAUAAGAAAAAUAAUUGUUUCAAAUUAG